AUGCUCAAUCAGGCCAAACUCGUCGUCCCCCGACGUCAUCUCAGGCCAUUCUCAGCAGCGUCUGUAGACUGCAAGCGUCGAUCGUUGGAAAUCCCUUGGAAUCCCGAAGUUCCCUUUGCAUCAGAAAAAAAUGGUGAUAUUGCGACCCCCGCCGCCCCCACGUCUCUUUCCCUUUCCGCUCGCCUCGCCCCAUACUUCUGGGACGAUGCGCAACGAUCACCAACCUCCUCCGCUGCCCCCGUCCGGGUUCCUGAAAAGAGCAGCGAAGCUCCGCGUUUCUCCACAGACUCUGCUGGGGAAAGCCAGCGGGCAUGGCAGGCAGGGUCCACGCGAAACCACACCCCGGAAUCCUUGCUUCCCGCCCCGGCUGAAGGGACGGCUAUUUGCCCGCAUGUGUGUGCAGCGCGGACGCCCAACCCAGCCAGCGGCCGUUGA